GGGUGGACGGCGCACAAAACCGGCAAGGAGUGCGACUACGGCGAAGGGUACGCUGUUGUUGUAAUUCUAACUGCAGGACAAGAAGCACGAAGACCCUCGCUGUCUAUUUCAUGGGAAAUGCUUUUGAAGUCACACAAUCUCCUACAAGUUCGAGCACCAUGAUAUUAUUUCGUCGACGCCUGAGCAGAUGAAGUCAUCUUCAGGUUCACAUACUACUCGUCGACGGAGUUCGGUUCAAGGUGGCAGCAUCCCAAAGAGGAGGAACAUAUUGCGAUCCUUGCUGAGAAAGUCGUCAAAGUAAUUCCAGGUUCUAGGAUCUGGUUCGCAAAGAAGAUGAAUGAGGAACGUGAUAAACAACGAAAGAGGCGCGCUUGGUACGUAGAUGACCCCACUUGAUAAUGACGGGUCAAAAGUUGGUUAACUUCUACAGCUGUUGUCAAGUAGAUAUUUUUUUAGCUUUACGGAAACGACAGAGAACUUCCUAGUCCUAGAAAGUGAAUUCAACUGAUACAGCAAGGUACUCAAAGGAGCUAUCUGAUCGUCGCCCACUCGUGCGCGCGGGUGAGCGAGCAAACUACGAUCCUCAGACGCAGAUGCUUGAUUGUGUGAUCCGAGACCAGUUCCCGACCUUGCAUGCUGCUGUUCUCGUCAGUUUUGCCAAAUACUUCCAGGUCAAGGACUACCCUGACAGCAUGGU